AUGAAGCUGUUGGUGCCUCUCCUGCUGGUUGCUCUGGCCCUCGGCUGCUAUGAGGCUGAUGCAGCAGCCUGUCCAGCCUUUGUUCUUGAUAGUACAGGCUUCUUAUUUGAUCCGGCACCUGUUUUUCGACUAAAGCUAGCAAAAUACAAUGCACCUCCAGAAGCUGUUGAGGCGAAAUUGCAAGUGAAGGAAUGCACGGAUCAGAUCGACAAAGGAAAAAGAGCGCUAAUUGCAGGAGUGCUGACCAAAAUAGUGACAGAAUGUGCCUUGUGA